AUGGUAGAAACAUUUUCUAAAGACCUAGUUGAAGAUUUUAAAAAGUUAUAUGAAACCAAAGAACAUUAUGACACAAUUAUCAUUGUUGGAGAAGAACCAAAUGUUGAACGAAUUUAUGCCCAUUUUAUAAUUCUUUGUACCAGAUCAACUUAUUUUCGUAGCGCAUUAUCUGAUAAAUGGGCAGAAAGAAAAGAAGGUUAUUUGGUUUUACAAAAACCUAAUAUAAGUGCAUUAACUUUUAAACUUAUUCUUAAGUUUUUGUAUUGUGGAAUAGUCGAUUUAACCAAUCAAGAAUAUGAAGCAAUCUUAAAUCUUUUAGUCGCUGCAGAUGAACUUUUAAUUCAAAGACUUACUGAUUUCGUUCAGGAUUUUUUAAUCAAAAAUAAUUCUGCAUUCUUACAACAAUGUCCUAUUAAAAUGCUUCAUUAUAUUGUCAAUAAUGAUCAAUUUAACGAACUUAAGAAUGCUUAUUUGGAUAUCUUUUGUAAAACUCCUCAUUUAUUAUUUGAUUCGGAUAAAUACCCUUCAUUGGAGAAAGAUGCACUGAAAUUAAUUCUCAAGUGUGAUAACCUCGAUAUGAAAGAAAGUGAUAUCUGGAAAAAACUAGUUGAAUGGGGAAUCGCACAACAUACAAUGCAUGAAGGAGACAUGAUGUGUCAAGACACUAAGUAUGAUGACUUGGAUAUAUUAAGGGAGACAUUACAAGAAUUAAUUAAACUCAUUAGAUUUUAUCAGAUGGAUCGUGAGGCGUUUAUUCCUGAUGUAUGGGAAUAUGUGAACAUCCUACCUAACGAUUUAGUUAAGGAUGUACUACGUUGUUAUUUAGACUUAAAUGCUAAACCAUUAUAUCAAACAUUUUUGAUUAGAUGGGGCAACUUUAAAAUCGACUCAGUAUCAAUCAAUAAGGAGAUUGCACUAUUAUUGACGAAAUGGAUAGGCAAAAAACCUAGAAAUGAUAAGAUAUCAGGGUUUCAAUACAAUUUUAAUAUUCUUUUUAGAAGCAGCUUGGAUGGUCUCUCAUCACAAACAUUUCAUCGAAAAUGUGAUAACAAAGGAGCAACAAUUGUUGUUGCGAGGAUUCAAAAUUCAAAUUUCCUUAUUGGAGGUUACAAUCCACUUGAUUGGAUUGGUAACCAAGUAUGGAAACAAACAACAGAUAGCUUCAUAUUUUUAAUAGAUCCUAAUCAACUCAAACAAGCAACAAUAUCACGCGUUAACCAUAAUUAUAGUGGUUUUGCUAUUUAUUGCGAUGAUAAUCAAGGUCCAAGUUUCGGAGAAGGUCCUGAUUUACAAGUUCAAAAUAACAGUACUACUUGGAAAGUUAAAACAAAAACCUACCCUAAAUUUAUAAAUAUGAAGCUAUCUGUUGUUUGUUUCCAUACUUGGUUACCAAUCCAAUCAAGUGGAUUGUAA